AUGCCGUCCACGGCAGGCCACGCCACCCCCGGGCCCCGAAAAGGCCGCCCACGCAAGACCACGCCACCCCCGGGCCCCGGAAAUGCCGGCAACUCCACUGCCGGGCCCCUGAACGGCCGGCCACGCCACCCCCGGGACCCGGAAAGGCCGUCCACGCCAGGCAACGCCACACUCGGACCACGGAAAGGCCGGCCACGCCAGGCCACGCCACCCCCGGGCACCGGAAAGGCCGUCCACGCCAGGCCACGCCGCCUCCGAGCCCCGGAGAAGCCGGUCACGCAGGCCUCGCCACCCCCGGGCGCCGGAAAUGCCGGCCACGCCACCCCCGGGAACCGGAUAGGCCGGUCACGCCAGACCACGCCAACCCCGGGCCCCGGAAAGGCCGGCCACGCCAGGCCACGCCACCCCCGGGCCCCGGAAAGGCCGGCCACGCCAGGCCACGCCACCGUCGGGCCACCGAAAGGACGCCCCGGAAAGGCCGGCCACGCCACCCCCGUGCACCGGGAAGGCCGGCCAUCCCACCCACGCCACCCCCGUGCACCGGGAAGGCCGGUCAUCCCAGGCCACGCCAACCCAGGGCAGCGGCAAGGACGGCCACAUCAGGCCACGCCACCCCACGGCCCCGGAAAGCCCGGCCACGCCAGGCCACGCCACCCCCAAGCCACGGAAAGACCGGCCACGCCACCACCGGUCCCCGGAAAGGCGGGCCACGCCAGGCCAUGCACCCGCGGGCCCCGGAAAUGCAGUCCACGGCAGGCCACGCCACCCCCGGGCCCCGAAAAGGCCGCCCACGCCAGACCACGCCACCCCCGGGCCCCGGAAAUGCCGGCAACUCCACUGCCGGGCCCCGGAACGGCCGGCCACGCCACCCCCGGGACCCGGAAAGGCCGUUCACGACAGGCCACGCCACACCCGGACCACGGAAAGGCCGGCCACGCCAGGCCACGCCACCUCCGAGCACCGGAAAAGCCGGUCACGCAGGCCUCGCCACCCCCGGGCGCCGGAAAUGCCGGCCACGCCACCCCCGGGACCCGGAUAGGCCGGCCACGCCAGGCCACGCCAACCCGGCCCCCGGAAAGGCCGGCCACUCCAGGCCAUGCCCCCCCGGGCCCCGGAAAUACCGGCUACGAGAGGGCACGACACCCCCGGUCCCCGGAAAGGCCGGCCACGGUAAGGUCGGCUACGCCAGGCCACGCCACCCCCUCACCCCGGAAAGGCUGGCCACGCCAGGCCACGCCACCCCCGGGCCCCGGAAGUGCCGGCCACGCCAUCCCCGGCCACGGAAAUACCGGCCACGCCACCUCCGGGCCCCGCAGAAGCCGGCCACGCCAGGCCACGCCACCCCCGGACCCGGAUAGACCGGCCACGCCAGGCCACGACACCCCCACCACGCCACCCCCGGGCCCCGGAAAUGCCGGCAACUCCACUGCCGGGCCCCGGAACGGCCGGCCACGCCACCCCCGGGACCCGGAAAGGCCGUCCACGCCAGGCCACGCCACACCCGGACCACGGAAAGGCCGGCCACGCCAGGCCACGCCACCCCCGGGCACCGGAAAGGCCGUCCACGCCAGGCCACGCCACCUCCGAGCACCGGAAAAGCCGGUCACGCAGGCCUCGCCACCCUCGGGCGCCGGAAAUGCCGGCCACGCCACCCCCGUGCACCUGGAAGGCCGGCCAUCCCAGGCCACGCCACCCCAGGGCAGCGGCAAGGCCGGCCACGCCAGGCCACGCCACCCCCGGGACCCGGAAGUUCCGGCCACGCCACCCCCGGCCACGGAAAUGCCGGCCACGCCAGCGCCGGGCCCCGGAAGG